GCUGGAUGGUCGCAUAAAUACGCCAGUGCGCCUGGAAUUUGCUGAGCUGUACGCAAAAAAAGUAGCGCGAGGCGGCCCACGUGAAAAACUGCAGCGCUCAGAGCAGGAUAAAAGGUGCAGGGAGAGAGCAGUGCAGCAAAAUAAAUAAUCGCGAUGGCCAACAACAACCACAAAAGCAAAGAGCUCUUCCCGGAGACGAACGCCUUCUUCCGCGGCUUAUUUACGACGGCGAAACCCGAGCCGCCGAAGACCGUGCGCGAGCUGCGCCGCGCGAUCUCGGCGUCGGGCCUGCGCCACGCGGACUGCGUCGAGCGGUCCGAGCUGGAGAAGCGAUAUACAGACGCCGUCAUCGCCGCGCGGGACGCGCCGGGAAAAGAAGGAUUAGAAGUAGAGCAGACGCUCGUGCGGGCCGGCGCCGCGACGCUCGAGGUCAUCGACGGCCUCCGCUGCUUGUGUGUGGGCGCCGCGGCGCCAGAAUUAGUAGUCGUGCUCUACCACGGCUACGGAGCGCACGGCGUCGAAUUUGCGGCGCUGGCCGCGCUGCUCUGCGAGCGCUUGUUGCCGCGGCGGCUCCAGGUCGUCCUGCCGCAGUGUCCGAGCGGCGAGAGCUGGUUCGAGCUCGACGUGACGAAGUACCUCUACGCCGUAACAAUGGGAGAGGCGGCGAAGGCGCGCGUCGUGCGCGCGACGCCCAACGGCGUGCCCGAGAUGCGUUGCCGCCAGCGCCAGUUUCUCCAGACGCUCCGGCGCCGGGCGGGCGUCGCACCAUCACAGAUCUGCCUCGCGGGCUUCUCGCAAGGAGCCAUGGUCGCCGUCGAUCUGGCACUGGACGCGCCCGAGCCGUGCGCGGGCGUCGUCGCGCUCUCGGGCUUCGUCAUGUGCGUCGAGGACUGGGCGCGCAAGCUGCAAGGUAAGAAGGGGCUGCGCGUGCUCCAGCUCCACGGCCUCGAGGACCGCACGAUCCCCUACUACACGGCGCCCUGGCUGCGGGACCUGCUCCAGACGAACGGCGCGCGGGUCACGUUCCUGCCGCAGGCGUGCAGCCACGAGUGCGGGCCCGCGUCGGCCUCCGCCAUCCUGGCCUUCCUCGCGGGGCUGUUCUAGUGUGUGUG